AUGAGAGGCCCAAGAAUCACCCAUAUUCUUUAUACGGAUGCCAGCAUUUUGUUCAUCAAAAACUCUAUCCAGGAAGCUCAAAGGAUCAAAGAACUAAUUUACACCUACGAGCUCUUAUCGGGACAGACGAUCAACUCUGACAAAUCUAGCAUUUCCCCUUGUAAUAGGGAAAAGGAAAAUUCCAAUCUUCAACUUCAUCAAAGACAAAAUGCCAAGAGAAUCCAAGGGUGGACGAAAAACCUGCUUUCUUUUGGAGGCAGAGAAGUCUUUCUUAAAGCAGUGGCGCAAGCUUUUCCUACCUAUGCCAUGUCCUGUUAUCUUCUCUCGGAAGAGAUUAUUGAUGACAUUAUGAGACAAAUCCGAACUUUCUGGUGGUCGGGAAGACAAGAUAAACGAGGAUGA